AUGUUCAUCGACCAAUGUCUCCCUCCGAAGCCUCAAUUUUCUGUAGAUCAGCUUCCUUAUCUCUCCGGACAAGUCAUGAUCGUCACAGGUGCCAACACUGGCAUAGGCAAGGUUACUGCCAAAGCUCUCCUGGCGCACAACGCGAAGGUCUACUUUGCUUGUCGCAAUGAACUAUUCCUACAGGUUGAUUUCGCUGAUUUGAACUCCAUCAAGUGCGCCGCUGAGGAGUUUACAAGUCGAGAAACAGAGCUUCAUGUUUUGUUUAACAAUAGUGGUGUAUUCUCUCCCCCCUUAGCUCUGAUCGAACAAGGCUACGAUCUCCAGUUCGGUGUCAACAUGCUCGGUGUCUUCUACUUUACCAAGCUUCUCAUCCCUACGCUGAUGCCCACCUCUACGUCCAACCCCGAAUUCAAACCGCGAAUCAUCAACACAGCCUCGCUAAAUCACAUCUUCGUCAAUGGUCUCAAGUUUGAUACAUUCAAAGACGGUCCUAAACGUCGUAAGAUGAACAAGAUGGCGUUGUAUUCGCAGAGCAAAUUCGCUAUGGUUACGUGGACCACCGAACUGGCACGCAGAUAUGCAGAUCAAGGGAUCAUCGCUAUUUCAGUAAACCCGGGAAACUUGAGGUCGGAGAUGCAGAGACAUAUCUCACCUUUUGAGCGAACUAUCAUGGCAUGCAAUAAAACGAUAUUAUACCCAGUAGACAUGGGAGGGCUUACGCAGCUAUAUGCCGCGACGAUGUCUGAUUCAGAAAUGUAUAUGAAACCAUGGGCGCGAGUCGGGGCACCGUUUUCAGCUACCAAGAACGAAGCCCUUGGACGUCAGCUUUGGGAGUACCUGGAGGACGUUCUGCGAAAGUCACAACGACUGGUGUAA